AUGAAUCUUCGAGUUGAUGAAGCAGAGCAUAGCAUGGAAAUGCACUUGCCUUAUCUUGCAAAAGCAUCCAAUGAAAUUGUACCAAUUUUGAAUGGUGCUCUUAGUGCUGAAAAUGAAUCGAUGUAUGAAAAGUUGUUGGCCAAGUAUAUAGAUGAUCCUCAAAAUUUCUUCUCUGUAUCAUCAGAUUUUUGUCACUGGGGUACUCGGUUUAAUUACAUGCACUAUGACGAGAAGUAUGGUGCCAUACAUAAAUCGAUAGAAGCCUUGGACAAGAUGGGCAAGGAUAUACUAGAAACAGGAGAUGCAGAUGCAUUCGAAGAAUAUCUGUCGGAGUAUCACAAUACUAUCUGUGGACGCCAUCCAAUCAGUGUUUUCCUUCAUAUUCUAAGGAACAGUUCAAUGAGAAUAAAGAUCAAAUUCCUUAGAUACGAGCAAUCUAGUCAGUGCAAAACAACAAGAGACAGUAGUGUGAGUUAUGCAUCUGCUGCAGCAAAGUUGGAUGCUUGA